AUGACAGCACCCAAAUCACCCACACCCGUCAUCAUCCGGCCGGCAAACUCCACAGAUCUGCCCGCCAUCAAAGCCUGCUUCCAAGAGUACACGGACUGGCUCGACGAAGACAUUUCGUUCCAAAACUACUCGGAAGAAUUUGCCAAUCUCCCAGGCAAAUAUGCCCCUCCGACCGGGGGGCUCAUCCUCGCCGUGGACGAGCCUUCAGGCGAUGUUCUAGGAUGCAUUGCGUUUCGGCCACUCAACCUGGACGACGACUUUGUACAGUCACGGCAAGGAGGUGUUCGCAGCUGCGAACUGAAGCGUCUAUAUGUCUAUCCGAAAGCGCGAGGGCGCCAAGUCGCUAGGAAACUGAUUCAGCAAGCCAUCAAGACCGCCGCGCAAAUUGGCUACGACGAAAUGUUUCUGGAUACGCUGCCCAAGAUGCAGCCAGCCAUCGGGCUUUACAAGUCAGAAGGGUUUACUUUGACGCAGCCAUAUUACUAUAGUCCGCUGGACGGGGUACUGUUCUUUUCAAGGCCCCUGGGGUCGGAAGACGCAGAACAUGGACAAAACACGCCCUCAUAUCCCUGA